AUGUUUCUGAGCCUUCGUGAUAUGGAAGAAAGAAAUGAAGAAGUUCACCAGUUGUUUUCGAUACUCUAUGCAGCAUUUAUCGAAUGCGGACAAAAAACCAGAAAAAAGGAUGAAGCGAAGAGAAUUGAAGGAAUGAUGUUCCGAGAUAUACGCUGGCUUAGCAGUCGUCCUCAACAAUUUAUUGCUCUUUCCACUGAACAGAUGGCAUUUUAUGAAGAUGUUGGUGAGGUUCGACCAAAAUUACUUCGAUGUUUACCAUUCAACGAAGCCAGUGAACUGGGACAUUUGCAAUGUUUCGACCUAAGUCCUUUGUCUGAUCAGGCUUUAGCAUUGGGCUAUGAGAAUGGCAAAGUGAUGAUAACUAACGUAGCUGCUGAGCCAGAUAUUAGAAAUUUGAAUGAUACUGUGGAAUUAGUAUGUGAUUUUCCGAAGUCAGUUAUUUUCUUAAACUUCAGUUCUGUAGCAGAUGCUUACUUAGCUGCAUGUUUAGAAGGUGGACGUUCUCAAGAUUAUGCUGUCUCUGUGUAUGACAUCAGUAAUCCGAAAACGCAUAUUUUUUGUGUUAACUGCAAUGAACGGGUGAUAGAUUUGACUUGGAUCAGGAAUGAUCCGAGUGUGUUGUGUCUGGGCUGUUCACGCUCAAUAAGAUUUUUCGAUAUACGAGAAGGAGGUGCACGGCCAGUUUGUUCUGUGCCUGUUUCAAAUCAGGUGCGAAGCAUAAGUGCUGGUGAUGUACAUUUUUGCAUUGCAUGUAUAAUUGACGAUUUUGCUUAUAUAUACGACCGAAGGCAUUUGGAAUCUCCCUUACAUAGGAUGCAAAUUUCUUAUUUUAAGAAGAAUGACGCAGGUGCAGUGAAAAUAUUAUGGAAUCCUCAUUUUCCAACUUGCUUGUCGUGCUUCCGCCGUAAUUCUAGAGUUGUUACAGAACUUAUAUCACCAUGUGAAAGCAUUCUAGAAGAAUAUACUACAACAGAAAUUCCAAGUUUUCCAAUGUCGGAUGCAACUGAUUUGGUUCAAGGCGGAUUUCGUAACACGCGGUAUUCGGAGGAUGUUGGCUCCAUGAAGUUAUCAUAUCCCUAUUUAGAAUUGAAUUAUAAGUUCUUUGGCAUUUCAAGAGUUUCUGGAUUCACCUGGCAUCCUGAAAAUUUUGAUCGAUUAUUGGUGGUGGCACCAGAUGGAGGACGUGGUGCGUUUGAAGUUAGACUUGCUACGGUGAACAAGUUUGUGACAGGCGACUAUUCAUCGCAAGGUUUUGUGGCUCAUGCUUCCGGUAGUCAGCUUUAUGUGCGUAAUUCAGAACCAGUUGCAAUUGAUGAAUCAGCAGAUAUAUCGUUCGUGAUGAAGAGUCGUGCUACCAGAAAUUAUGGUUCUCCUCCAAGCACUACUUUGGAAGCAUAUACACGAUAUUGCAAAGAAAUUAUCGAUUUCUGUCCGUAUUCAACAUCUGAAGUGAAAUGGCUAUGGAAAUGGAUACGCUACAUGAUUAGUAUUAUGGACUGGAAACCGUGUGUUUAUGGGACAUUAUUUCCGGGUGUUAUGAAUAUAAUGGAACACAGUUUAGAUCCGGACAAAGAUGAACUUACUACGGAAGAAAUAUUUGUUUCUGAUCCAUUCCUUGGAAACAUCAGAUUGUACAGAGGAAAAGAACGAGAUCGAGUCCUACAAAUGUGUGGUUGGCCUGCUCUUGGAGACAUCGUACAACUGGAUGCAUUCAUUGACAAAAACAUUGUAGAAAGGAGGACACAAAGUCGAGCAAUAGCUGCAGCGCUGGUUACAGCUAAUUCAUCCAGAAUGGAAAAAGCUUUGAAUUCGAUAUUGGAGAAGGCCAGAAAGUUAGGUGCUGAGGGCCUGCUGGAGAUGGAAGCUUUUCAAGAAGCUUUGCAGUAUUACCGCGAGCUGCCAGAACAAUGGAAAUCGAUUUCCGAAGGUCUCAGAAGCAUCGUCAAAGAUCCGUAUUUCAAUAUGAUCAUAACAUUUCUGGAUGACCGUCAUGAUAAUGACAUUCCAUUGGAGGACAGGAUUGCUUUUGCUGCCAUUCACUUUAGUGAUCAAUAUUUUAUGAAAUCGGUGAAAGAGUUAUUCACGGAUGCGUGUUUAUAUCGAACACUUUUUGGUUUAUUCAUCAUUGGUAUUUCGUACGAAAAGGCUACUCAUGAUUUAUUGUCACAAUACGUGGAUCACACGGGAGACAUACAAACAGCUACAAUUCUGUUGAUUGUGGGACGCUGUUUUAUGAAGAAAUCAUCCUGGUCUGUAGCGUAUUCGGCCGAAGAAAUUGCUAGCACUGAUUUUGAAUUAAAGGCUGUUGAAGAUAAUGAAAUGUGCAGUCAAUUAGAUGAACAUAUCAGACGAAGUUAUACCAUUGUGUGUGAUUAUCUAGAUAUGCUGAAUGUGUGGGGUAUGUGGGUCCAAAGGGCUCGUCUUGAUUGUAUAUUUGGAUGGAGGCGAGAAGCCAUUUUACUGAAAUCAGGAAUGAAUCAAAAUGCUGUGCAGGCUGAAAUUUGUUGUCAAUUUUGUCCCCAGAAUAUCACAUUGGAUAAGUCUGAUAUUUCGGCAACUUCCAUGCCUUCUGCAGUACUCGUACCUACAACCCGAUCGAAUAUAUCCACAACAUUAUUAACUUCCCCAUCAAUCCCAGCUCGAGAAAUGGCAUGUUCCCAUUGUUUGAAGCCACUUCCGAAAUGCAUACUAUGUCGUAGACACAUGGGUUCAUACGUUCAAACAGAUUGUCACGAACUUGGCCACUUAUCUUCUUGGUUCACCUGGUGUCAAGUACCAUUUACAUGUUUUUUGUUUCGAAGCUUUGAAAAUCGACUUAAUUUGAAAUGCCGUCACGGAGGUCAUAUGGCACAUUUAUGGCACUGGUUCAAUGAUCAUGCGGAAUGCGCAGCAAGUGGUUGUUUAUGUAACUGCAAAAUGGAAAACAUCGAUUUCAUCGGAUUGAAUGUUGACCCACCGCAACCCUCAGCAGCGAAACAAAAUAAUGUUCCUUUAAAAAUUCGUGAAAAUGUGAAGGGGCGAUCAAAACACCCUCUUACGGCAGUACAAACACUUGUACAAGACACAAGAAAAGUUAGUGCCGGAACUGGCGCAAUUGGAAUAAUUGGAAUUGGAAGUGACUUAUUCCUCUUUCAAGCAUUAACUGUAUGUGCAAGAGGUCAAGCAUGGAUAAAUGUUUUGCACGGAAAAAUGGGGGAGCUUGAAAUAGGGAAUAAUGAAUAA